AUGACUUCUCUAGACGCUAUCCUCGCUACUAAAUACCCCGCCAAAGCUCAUGCUCGCCGCGUUGCCGAUGGGCUAAAGGCCCUCGGACAUAGUGGGGGCGCCAUCUACCUGGAAGCACAGAAAACUCGUCUGAUCGAGGACAAUGACGAGCCGGUGCCCUUUAGGCAGCGUCGUCCUUUCUUCUACCUCUCUGGUUGUUUACUUCCGGACUCCGCUUUGGCGUACGACAUUGAUGCUGAUCAAUUGACACUCUUUAUCCCCCCAAUCAGCCCAGACGAUGUGAUCUGGUCCGGUCUGCCACUGUCGCCAGCUGAAGCUCUCGAGCGAUACGACGUCGAUAAAGUGCUCGAGACCACCGAAGUCAACGCAACGUUGAAGGCCAUUGCCGAGUCGAAGGGCAAUAAGAGCACCGCGUUUGCUAUUGCAGAGCAAGUUUCCGACGGGACAGAAUUCCGCAGCUUCUCCGAAGCCAACUUCAAGGUAUUGAAGGGCGUUAUUGAGAAUGCCCGCGUCGUCAAGGACAGCUACGAGGUCGCUCUACUUCGCAAGGCAAACGACAUCUCCGCCAAGGGCCACAUCGCAGCUAUCAAGGCUUCGAAGACAGCCACCAACGAGCGCGAGAUCGAAGGUGCGUUUAUCGCGACCUGCAUCGCCAAUGGAGCCCGUGAACAAUCCUACCAUCCUAUUGUCGCGUGCGGCAAAAACGGAGCCACUCUCCAUUAUGGCAAGAACGACGAGGAUCUGAUCGACCCGGCCACCCAGCGAAAGAAGGAUAACGUCCUUAUCGACGCUGGUGGAGAAUAUCGCACCUAUUGCGCGGACAUCACGCGCGUGUUUCCUCUGAAUGGAAAGUUCCUGCCGGAAACGCGCCAAAUCUACGAUAUCGUCCUGCAGAUGCAGCUGGAGUGUAUCGAUAUGCUCAAGGAGGGCGUUCAAUGGGAAGACGUCCACGCCUAUGCGCACCGCGUUGCAAUCAAGGGUUUGCUCAAGCUCGGGAUCCUGCGCGGCUCGGAGGACGAAUUGUUUGACAAGCGAGUCAGUGUAGCCUUCUUCCCCCACGGUCUGGGUCAUUACCUUGGAAUGGACACCCAUGACACUGGUGGUAACCCGAAUUAUGCGGAUACCGAUACCAUGUUCAGAUACCUUCGCGUGAGGGGCCGUCUACCUGCGGGUUCGGUCAUUACGGUUGAGCCUGGUAUUUACUUUUGCCCUUUUAUCAUCGAGCCGUUCCUUAAGAAUCCCGAUCUGCGAAAGUAUAUCGAUGUGGAUACUCUGGAGCGGUACUGGGCUGUCGGUGGAGUUCGCAUUGAGGAUAACAUCCACAUCACCAAAGACGGCCAUGAUAACCUGACCACGGCGCCAAAGACCGUUGAAGAGGUGGAAGCUCUGGCUGCGUAG